AUGUCAGCGGAAGAUACUAAACCAACCACCACUGAAGAAUCUUCAAUUCCAAAACCACCAACAUCAAAUGUAUUCUCAAUGUUUGGUGCUAAAAAGGAAAAAAAAGAAGAACCAGAACUAACCAAAGAAGAAUCCACAACAACAACAACAAAAGAACAAAAAGAAGAAACAUCAAAAGAUGACGAUAAUGAAAAUGCAGAAGAAGAAGAAGCAGAUGUACAAUUCACUCCAGUUAUACAAUUAGAUAAAAAAGUUGAUGUUAAAACAAAUGAAGAAGAUGAAGAAGUAAUUUAUAAAGUUCGUGCAAAAUUAUUUAGAUUUCAUAGUGAUUCAAAAGAAUGGAAAGAAAGAGGAACAGGAGAUGUUAAAUUUUUAAAACAUCUUAAAACAGGUAAAACAAGAAUUUUAAUGAGAAGAGAUAAAACUUUAAAAAUUUGUGCAAAUCAUUUAAUUUCUCAAGAUUAUGAAUUAAAACCAAAUAUUGGUAGUGAUAGAUCAUGGGUUUAUAAUGUUACUGCUGAUGUAUCUGAAGGUGAACCAGAAGCUCAAACUUUAGCUAUAAGAUUUGGUAAUAAAGAAAAUGCUGAUUUAUUUAAAAAACAUUUUGAUGAUGCUAAAAAUAAUGUUUCUAAAAAAGAUUAA